AUGGACGCAGCGAGCGCGACCGCGCAGCCGGCUGCCUCUGAAGAGGCAGACCGCCUCGCGCCGGCGCCCGAGGUGAGCCAGCGGCCUCCCUCCUCUGCCGCCGGCGAUCUCUCUGAACGCGGAGGCGCCAUGGAGCAGGCGCCUGGCGACGACGCACACGCGACGCCUGCGGCGUCUCCGGAGGCCGGCGACAUGGACGCGGAGCAGGAGGGCGCACAGUCCCCUGCCACCUCUCAGACGGCGGCGAUGGAAGGCAGAGCGGAGUCAGCGCACGCGGGGCUGUCUGCUGCGGCCCCUGUUCCAAGCGCUGGCGAGCAUGUCUUGCCCCCCACGUCUCCCGAGGCGGCGGCCGUUGAGCGAGAGGCGCUGCUUUCUGAGAAUGGGCACCUGCGGCGCCUGCUGCAGGAGCAGGCCGCGGACCUGGAGCGGCUGCGAGGCGCGGAGGCGGCUGCCGAGGGCAGAGAGGGCGGCGCCGACUCGACGGCGAAGGGAGGCGAGACUGCCCGCCGUUCGUCUUCGUCGGAGGCGCAGGCGAAGGGGACUACAGAGGACGAGUUGGCGGCGCUGCGCCAGAGGCUGCGCACUGCGGAGGACCUCGUCCUCGAGUUGCAGAGUCGGAACGACCGACUGAUUCUGGAGCAGCAGCAACUAGUUGAGAGCUUGACGAAGGAGAAAGUCGAGAGACUCUCCGCAGAGAGACAGAGCCUCGCGGCCGCGGCCAGCGCCUCCGCGGCGGAGGGUCGCCAGCGGCUGCAGCAGCAGCGCCUGGAGGCUGCCGAGCAAGCGCAGACGCAGCUCCGGGAGCAACUCGCCCUCGCCAGACAGGAGCAGCAGCAGCAGCUCGAAGAAGCCGCGGAGGCCGCCCGCCUAGCAGCCAAAACUAAGGCUGCGCUCGACGCGAAGCUGCAGGAAGUCCAGGAGGAAAAAGUGCUGCAGAGCAAGAAGGCUGGAGACUUAGAGGCUCUUCUCCGCCAGCACCAGCGGGACGCGGCCCUUGACCACGAGAAGGAGCAGCAGGAGCUGCUGGCGGCUCGCGAAGCGCUUGCGCUGAAGGAGGAGCUUUUGGCGCUCAAGACGCAGCAGGUUGAGCAGCAGGAGAAGUGCCUCCAAGCGCUGCAAGAAAGUAACGCGCAGCUGCAGCGGGACAAUGAACGCCUCACGGCCGCUGUUCAAGAGAAAGAGGCCGAGGUGAUUUCACUCAAGGAGACGACUGACCGCCUGGAGAAGGAGCUCCAAGCCACGCGUGCGGGCGCGGCGCGGGGGACUUUGAGCAAGGAUCUGAGCGACCAAACUCUGUUUGCGGACGGACUCGCGCUCCCCGUGCCGCCCCGGCUGUCGCGUGAAGAGGCAGCGAAUCUGCUGCAGCAGCGCCUCGGCGCAGACGGCACCGAAGGAGACAAAACAGGCGCAGCUCAGGCAGUUCUCAACGACAAGAUGAUUGAACUCGUGACGGAGUUAGAUGCGAAAACCUUCGAGUGCCUGGCGGCGAAGUCGCGUCUGCUGCAACGCGCAGAGGAGGCGACGACAUGGAAAGCUGCUGCGCUGCAGCUCCAGGAGGAAAAGAAGGAGACCGACUCCCGCCUCGCGGAGCUAGCCGAGCACCGCGACCAGCUCGCCGGGCGCCUGCAGCAGCUUCUGCUGCUCCACCGCCGCGAAGAAGACAUUUCCCACGACCUGCGAGUUCAACUGCGGCGGAAGGAAGACGAGUCUCGGCGCUACCUGCAGCGCAACGACGAGCUGCUGAGGCAGCUGGCUGUGGCUGCGUGGGAAGUGCAGCGCCUAGGAGGCCACCGAAGCGCUGAAGAGAAGGCCGACGCCGCGUCGCUGGGCGGCAGCCUCUUUGGCGUCUCCUCGGCGGCGCCCCAGAGCGCGUUGAGGCCUGACGCCGACGCAGGCAAGCACGACGCGAAGGCAAACGCGGAGAAGAGCCUCUCAGACGAUGAAAGCGACGCCGGCCUCCUCGACUUCAUGGAGCUUCUUGAGCACAACAACGCGCUCAAGCUGAAGCUGCUGCAGCUGACGGAGACUGAGGCCGAGGCAAAGAGCCUGGAGCAGCGCGAGCGCGAGACGCAGCUUUUGGAGCUGCAGAAGGAGCUAGUGAAGCUGCAGAGCGACUUAGAGAGCGCUCAAACCGAGAGGAAGGAGCUUGCGGCCGCUGUGCAGCUGCAGCUCAAGCAGCGCGAGGAGAUGCAGGAGAAGAUGAAGCAGCUGGAGGCGCGCCUCGCUCUUGCGUCUUCGCGGCCGCUCUCGGCGCGUGGCGACGCAGAGGAAGAGAACGACACAGAGACGGGCCGCGGGGGACAGGGAGAAGGCAGAAACAAGCGAAAAAGGAACGGAGACGCCGAUGAACGCCGAGACGAAGACGAUGACGAUGAAGAAGAGAGUUCGCGCCAAGAUCGCCUACGUCUCUCCAAGUUCGUGGAGCAGCUGCAAGAAGUGGCAGCAGUGCUCGCGGUGGAGCAGCAGCAGGGCCGCGCGCAGCGGGAGGCGCUGCAGCAGGCGAAGCAGCAGCUGGCGACGGAGGAGGCGACGGCGAGCUUCUUCAAGAAGGAGUGCACGCGGCUGCAGGGGCAGUUGGAGCAGCUUCAGCUGCUUCAGCAGCAGACGGCGGCGCGGGUCGCGGCCUCAGAGGAGCGCACGCGGAGCCUGGAGGUCGCGAAGGCGGAGCUGCGCGGCGAGCUGCUGGCGGCGCGCGGGGAGAAGAAACGCCUCGAGGCCGAGAUAGAGGAUGUGCGGCAGAAGUGGAAGCUCGAGGAGCUCAGCGCGAAGGAGCUGCAGCUGCAAGUUGACCACGCCAUCGAGAAGGAGGGCGCGACCAAGCGCGAGCUUCAGGAACACCUCUCCUCGCUGCAGGUCCGAGUCGACUUCCAGCAGAAACAGAACCUCGCGCUCUGCGAACAGCACAGAAAGGACCUCGAAGUCCUCCAGGAGCAACUCAAAAAAAGCGGGGAAAUAUGCCACGAACGCGAGGAGAAAUGCAACAGCCUGCAGCAACGCACCGAGUCUCAAACCGAGGAAAUCCACGUCCUGCAAACAAAACUCAAAGCGGCUGAGCAGCAGACGGCGGAGGUUCGCAGUCGGCUGGAGGAGCAGAAGAAGCUGGUGGCGUUCCUGCAGCGCCGCGCGUCUUCGUCGGCGUUCGGGUCCUCGAGCGCGGGCGAAGAGCGCGACAGCCAGGGGGGUCCUGCAGCGCCGGCGCCCGCAGCCCCGCUCGCGCCGGCACAGCGCGGGAGCUCGGCCUCGGGCGCGUCUUUGGAGGAGUGCCUGAAGCUGCAGAAGCAGCUCAGUCAGCAGGAAACGGAAAUUUUGAAGCUGCGCGAGGAGGUGGAAAGCUGCCGCACGCUCAAGGAGCACUGGGAAGACGUCGCCAAAGAGCAACAGCGCGAGCAGCGCGCGACGGCUGAGAAGCUGGAGCAGACGCAGAAGGCGUUCGAGGACGAAACCAAGAGGGUGCAAGAGGAGAAACAAAAGAUGGAGGAGCUCCUGCGCGAAAAAGAAGACAGGAUUGUCGAAAUCGGCAAGUUGCAGGCGACGCUGGAGGCCCUGGAGCGCCGAGAAGAAGAGCACCGCGUCGUGUCGCAGAAGGCGGCUGAGGCGGCGGUGGCCGCGGUCGUGGAGAACCUGAAGGCCCAGACGGCGGAGUUGCGCGGCAACUUCGAAGAGGCUGAGAAGAAACGCCAAGAGGCCGAGCGCUGCUACAAGCGCGAACGCGAGGCGCGCGCCGAGGACAUGCGUCGAGCCGACGACGUUCACAAGGAAGUCCAGACGCUGCGCGAGAAGAAGCGGAAACUCCAGGAGGAAAAAGAUGAAAAAGAGGAAGUGUGGAGGCGACACAGACUGGAGAUGGAGGAGGAGCUUUCGUCGUUGCGACAACAGAACCAGGCGCUUCUGCGCGACGCGGAGCGCCUGAAGAUCGACUGCAAGAAUUUGAACGAGAAACUCGCGAAAAACUCGGCGGCGGCUCUUUCAGGCUCUGCGGAGGCGGUGGCCGCUGCGGCGGCGUCGCCGGCGGAGACGCUGCUGCAAGUUCGGCUGGAGGAGGCGAGCGUGAUGCGAGUCACGAUGGAAGAAGAGUUGCAUGCGGCGCGACUCGAGAUGGCGCGGAAGGAAGUCGAGCUGCGCGUGCUCAGGAAGCAGCUCGAGGAGGGCCGCGCGCAGCGCCGCACCGAGGAAAAGAAACUCGAAGAGCUCGAAGAGGAGCUUAAGACAAAUCAACUGAACCACACCCUCCUCGCCAAAAUCCCCACUCUCGAACUGGACAACGAACGCCUGCGAAAGGAACUCUCCACGGCGCACGAAGUGCAGAGGAAGCAGCAGCAGGAGCUGCAGCAGCAGCGCCAGCAGCUGCAGCCGCUUUUGCUCCAGGCGCGCCAAAAGGAGGCCGCGCUGGAAGCGACGGAGGCGCAGCGAAAGAGUCUGGCCGCUGAAGCCGAGGAGUGGAAGCAAAACUACCAAAAAAUGAUAAAAAAAUUCCAAGGGGUGGACAAGAACAAGAUGGAGCAGGUGAAGGCAGAGAAUGAGCGCCUUCAGCAGCAGCUGCAGGCGAUUGGCGCAGAGAGAGCCUCGCUGACUACUUCUCUCAAGGAGAGUCAAGCGCGUCAGGCUGAGCUGGAGACCGGCCUGCAGCGUCACCAACAACUCGCGCGCCAGCAUGCCCAGCAGCUGCAGCAUGUGCAGGAGAAGGCGUCUCGGGAGCAGACUGCACUCCAGCAGCAGCUUGCGCAGGCGCGGCAAAGUCACCAGGGCGGCAGCGAGGCGCAGCGUCUCCUCGAGCAGGAACGGCGCAGCAACGCACUUCUCCGGCAGCGCGUGGAGCGCCAGGAGGCGCUGCUGAAGCAGGCGCAGCAGCAGCAGGCGGCGCAGAAGGGCUCCGCUUCCGCCGCGAUCUCGCCGCAAGUCGCGGCCGCGGUGGGGCGCGUGGCCCGAGUGGGCGUCGUCGCGGUCGCGACCGCGGGUCAGGCGCUGGAGGCGACGAAGGCCGCGACGCUCGCGGCUCAGGAGCAGCAGAAGAUGCGGAGUGUGCUGGACGCCGCGGCUGCCCAGGCGCAGAAGGAGAUUGCGCAGCUCAAGCAGCACAAGCAGCAGCAGGAAAAACUCAUCGCCUCCUCGCAGCUACGGGUGAACCAGCUGCAGGCCGAGAAGCGCCAAGCCGAGGCUGAACGUGACCUUCUCCUCAGACAGACGAGUGAACAGGAGCAAAUCAUGCAGCAGCAGGCGGAGGCCACUGCCGCCCAGCAGCGGGAGCUCGAGAGACUCGCGGCUGAGCUACAGGAGGCGCGCGCGCAGCUCCGCGACCUCCGCGCAGGGGCUGGAGCCGAACGCGUCCGCGGAGGGGGGUGUCCCGAUGAGGGUGGCGCGGCCUUCACAGGCGCAGGCAAGUGCGCGGGGCGUGAGGAGGAGGACGCCGGUGAAGAGGCUCAGAUGGCGUCUGCGGCGGAGGCUGAGGCCGAGGAGGAAGGCGAAGAAAGCGCCGUCGCUGCCGCCGCGGACGCGCGCACGCAUCUGGCGGAGGCGCAGGAAGAAGCCGUCGCCGAGGAGGCCGGCGCGCUGGACGAGGAGAUGGAGAAAGACGAAGGAGACAGGAAGGCGGCCCGCGGCGACGACGAGGCUGCGGACGCCGACGCGCUGCUCGAGGGCGGCGCUGCACCAGACGAGGAGAUGGGGGAGGAGCAGAGGGAGGAGGGCGCGGAGGCUGGGGGGGCGGACGAGGCCGAAGUCGACGCAGAGGGCACUGAGCCGCGCCGCGACGCAGAGGAAACUCUGUCCCAUCACGAAAAUGCAGGCGAGGAAGAAACUCUGGAGGAGGGGGCUGAAGAGCAGCUGCAAGCGCCACACGACGCGUCUGAGGCGCGUCGAGGAGACGAAGGCGCGGAGGAGCCUCAGCAUCCGCUGAUCUCAACGGCGAGUCAGCCCGAGGCGCUCGCGCCUCCGGAGGGCACCCCCCGCCAAGCUGAGCAUCCUUUGCUACCUCUGUCUGAUGAGAACGCGCCGACAGGCGCCGACGAGGAGUUAACGGCCCCCUCGCGGCUGUCGCCCCUCGACGCGGGUGCCUCGCCGCAGGCAGGGUCUGACGCCGCGGCCGGCGGCGCGGCUGCGGCGGGCGUCGGCGAAGGCGAGCUGGGGGAGGAAAGCUUCGCUGCAGGCGAGGCCGUGCCGGAGUCUCAUCACCUGAGCGAAGGAGAAGGCGUCUCGUUCCUUCACGGACGAGCGACCGACGACAAGGACAGCGAGCCGCCGGCCACAGCAGCGGCACCCUUCCCCCCCGCUGCCGUCGGUGCCGCGGACUCACACGAAGAAGCUGCAGAGGUUGAAGAGGAGAGACACGAGGAAGCGAACGGCGACGAAGGAUCGCCUGGAGGCGCGGCAGGCUUGCAGCAGGGCGAUGGCGCGGUUAUGGAAGACGAAGAGGCAGAUGGCGCAGAGAAAGACGGUGAACUGGGGCAGUGA